AUGAAUGCUUGGAACCUGAAGGGCAAUAUCACGUUUUCCUGCUCUGAACCAUCCAUUGUUCCCAUCACAUUUGUCAACUCCACCAGCAGUUACUUGCUGCUGCCCGGCACCCCACGAAUCAAUGGGCUCUCAGUGAGUUUUCAGUUUCGAACAUGGAAUGAGGACGGGGUGCUUCUGUACACAGAGCUGUCUGAGGGUUCGGGGACCCUGCUGCUGAGACUGGAGGGCGGCAUCCUGAGACUCCUCAUCCAGAAAACCACCCAGCUUGUCGCAGAAAUCCUCACAGUUCAAGGCAGAUUCCUUAGUAGGACUGUCUUCAAUGGACCAAGGCUACUAACUGACGUGAGGUGCUUGUCAAACUACUGUGAACAUGGAGGGAGCUGCUCCCAGUCCUGGUCCACCUUCCAUUGUAACUGCAGUGGCAUGGGCUACACUGGUGCUACCUGCCAUAACUCCAUCUAUGAGCAGUCCUGCGAGGUGUACAUGCAUCAAGGGAACAAAGCCGGCUUCUUCCACAUCGACACAGAUGGCAGUGGGCCCCUGGCACCUCUCCGAGUGUACUGCAGUAUCACUGAGGACAAGAUCUGGACAAUAGUGCAGCACAACAACGCAGAGCUGACACCUGUACAGAGCUACAGCCAUGAGAAGUCCUACACCAUGACCUUGGACUACAGCGGCAGCAUGGAGCAGCUGGAGGCUCUGAUUGACAGCUCAGAUCAUUGUGAAGAGGAAAUUACGACCUACUGUGAAGUAUCUUGUCUUCCAGAUGGAGCACCAUACAUCUGGUGGAUCGGGCGGUCCAAGGAGAAGUUUCCAUUCUGGGGAGGUUCCCCACCUGCCUCCCAGCAGUGUGAAUGUGGCCUGGACAAAGGUUUCCUGUAUGUUCCACACUUUUGCAACUGUGAUGUGCACAAGAAUGAAUGGAUGAAUUAUACUGGUUUGCUUUCCUUCAAAGAGCAGUUGCCUGUUACUCAAAUAGUUAUCACUCAUACCAACAGAUCAAACUUAGAAGCUGCUUGGAGAAUUGGUCCCUUGCGUUGCUAUGGAGUUCGACACUUGUGGAAUGCGGUCACAUUUGACACAGAAGCCUCUUACCUCCACUUCCCUUCCAUCCAUCCGGAAUUCAGUGCCGACAUUUUCUUCUUCUUUAAAACCACGGCUUUAUCUGGAGUUUUCCUGGAAAAUCUUGGCUUGAAAGACUUUAUAAGACUUGAAAUGAGCUCUCCUUCUGAGGUCACUUUUGCCAUUGAUGUUGGGAAUGGCCCCACUGAGCUCAUUGUCCAGUCUCCUUCCCUUCUGAAUGACAACCAGUGGCACUAUGUCAGGGCUGAGAGGAACCUCAAAGAGACCAAGCUGCAGGUUGACAAGCUCCCCUGGAGCACCAGAACGACUGCAGAGGACAGCCAUUUCCAGCUACAACUCAAUGGCCAGUUGCUUGUAGGAGGCACUUCAUCGAGACAGAAAGGCUUCCAAGGAUGUAUCUGCUCCUUACGUAUGAAUGGGCAGAAACUGGACCUGGAGGAGAGAGCCAGGGGCACAUCUGGAGUCAGGCCUGGCUGCCCAGACCACUGCAGCAGCUAUGGCAGCAUCUGUCACAACGGGGGCAGGUGUGUGGAGAAGCACAGUGGUUACCUAUGUGACUGUACCAGUUCACCGUAUGAAGGGGCCUUUUGCAGCAAAGAGGUUUCUGCUGUUUUUGAGGCUGGGACAUCAGUUACUUACACAUUUCAAGAACCCUACCCUGUGACCAAGAACUUCAAUCUUUCAUCUUCAGCUCUUUAUGCAGACGCAGCGCCAUCCAAGGAGAACAUUGCAUUUAGCUUUAUGACAGAUCGGGCACCCAGCCUCUUGCUCUUCAUUAAUUAUUCUUCUCAGAACUUCCUGGCCACUCUGCUCUGCAAGAAUGCUUGGCUUGCAACUUUGUACAGUAUCAAAAACGAAGAAUGA